AUGGAACCUUACACGAUCGACCCUCAUACCCAACACUCCAACUCGGUGAAGCUGCUGGACGAGUUUGACGCGUAUCGUGUUGCGUACAAGUAUGUUGACAACCAGCCGGUCAAUGCCUUUUUCGUCAUCCCGAAGGAGCUUCCUUCCGGGCCCCGGCCAUUAUUGGUCCGUUUCCAUGGCGGGGGAAUGACAGAAGGAGAGGCCGAGGCCUCGUUGCGGCCCUUCUUCCUAGAGCUCUCUCUCAAGCACGGAGCUGUCAUCCUCACUCCAGACUACCGUCUCAGGCCUGAGCACGAGGUGGCUGACGGAAUCGAGGACACCCGCUCAUUCUGGAAAUGGGUAGAAGAAGGCAAGGCGCAGGAAUCCCUGCACCGCAUGAGACCGAAGAUUGAUGUGGAUGUCUCCAACCUCCUCGUCGGAGGUGAGAGUGGCGGUGGCUAUCACGCCGUGGAGACGGCCCUUCUGGGCAUGACCAAGCUGCCGAUCAAGGUGCUCUUCCUCCAGUAUCCCGCUGUGGACUUGCCAAAUCUCCUACACAAACCACCUCCGCGCAACGUGCAUCUGAGCCCCUGUUGGCGAGAGAAGUUCCCUUACUCGAUAGUUGAGGAGCACCUAGCAACCCGUGUCCCCGGGACCAUCUGCACGAGAGCAAAGUAUGGCAGCCGCAUCCCGCUGAUGGGCGCCAUGGCGCAGGCGGGCAAAUGGGUCGACACGUCUGGCCCAAAUAGAUAUCUCAACCCGAUGGACGCCCUGGACACCGCGCCGGAAUUGCCGCCGAUCUUUCUAUAUCAGUCUAGGGAGGACGAGUCUGUUCCGUGGGAGCACACGCAAGCAUGGGCGGAGAAACUCAAGAAACUGCAACCAGGCGUCCCUCUGCAUCUCUUGUUCGUGCCGCACGGUGAUCAUGUCUUUGACAAGAAUGAUACUUUGGAAGCACCCUGGCUGAAGGGAGAGCCGCUGGAUUUCGUGCACAAGUACUGGCCUGCCAAGUCAUGA